AAACUGGAAUUGACUUUGCAAAGACUCCUUGUCUUGCAUACGGAUUAAAAUAUAGAUUUUCCUUGCAAAUACGAUGGCGAAUAUGGUUUUGAAUGUGAUGGUUUUGUUAUUCGUAUCUUGUUUGGCGCGCUGCGAGGCUUUUGAUGUGCGGAACGAAAUUGAAGCGCGAGGCAAAGGGAAAAAGAUCGCGCUGUAUGUUUAUUUUGCGGAUCUGGUAAUCAAGAAGCUCUUCAUCCUCAAGCUGAUCUACGCGGUGGUGUUCUGGAUCGUGAUCCACAAAGCCGGCUACUUCCUCUCCUGGUUUGUGGGCUAUCUGAAGGAAUACAAGAAAACCCAUGAACAUUAUGCGCCACAUUACUAUGGACAUUACGGGCCUUAUAGAAAAAUGAGUGGGCCUUACAGAAGAGCGAAUGGGCCUUAUAGAAAAGAGAGUGGGCCUUAUAGAAAAGAGAGUCAUGGAAUGGUUUGA